AUGUGGUUUUACCUCGGAGCAUUUCUGUUCAAGGCAAUGCACUUAGACGAGAAGCACGUUGCUGAAAUGCAAUCCGCGAAACGAGUAGGAGAUGUACAAUAUGCAGUGACGAAGCAAAGCCGGGCAGAAGAACGAAGUCGAAGACCUGACAGAUCGAUCGAAAAGCGGAGAACGAGCAAGUCGAUGUGGCGAGCAGUGCUGUACAAACUAUGUGGCGUUUCGGUUCUCGAGGAGGAUCCACUUCUACCUCUAUUUCUGAAGCCCUCUACCUUCGAGCAGCUUAAGGAACGCGUAACUAAGCUCGAAUACCAACUCCAACAAGCCCUCGACGCAAUCGCUACGCUUAAGGACCGUCUCUACGAUGCACAGAGUUAA